AUGAGCCCCCCUUCAUCCAAACCAAAGAAUGGCGGCAAUACCUCCGGCCCUAGACAGAUUCGCUUCGUCGCUACCGAUGGCCAGCCACAGACCAAACGCCGCCGAGUUAACGCCGCUUGUUUAACCUGCCGCCGUCGCAAGAUCAGAUGUUCGGGGGAACAACCUGUAUGCAAGACAUGCUCCGACUACAAACAUGUUUGCUUAGGAUACGGUGAAUCAACUGCCCACCAAAGAUCCCAAUCCGAUUCAGCCUCGCGCAUGAUACCGGCCCCUCCCCUCAACUCCAACGAUACAAACCAGCGCAAUGAAAGGGAACGGGCAGAUAGCUAUUCGCCCGAGCCGGCUUCAGCACCGAGACACCUUUCCAACCCAAUACCUAAUAAAUCCCCGGUAUCAAAGACAUCCGAUUCUAAGGAGGCUUCAUUAUCUAGAGACGCCUCCGCCCGCAAGGAGUCUGACUCGCAUGCCGCUGGUGACACUCCUGGAAGCAGUCGGACAUCUCUGAGCUCUGGCAACCGCACCCAUGUUCCGUAUUUUCGAUAUUUUGGGCCUACCGCCAUUGUGCCCGGCUUCAAGCAAAUGGUUGUACAAGUUCGGGGAUCACGCAAGAGCAACCCGUCGAUGUCAUCAGGUCUGUUACCACCUGUCCUUGCUCAUCUAUGUCCGUUUUGGCCUCCUGCUGAUCGUCGCUUCAAUGUAGAGUCGCUAUCUCCACUGCGUAGCCCCAGAAUUUCUGAUAUCCCAGGUGGCCCGUUGGGUAUAGACAGCCGCGAUAGUCGAGAUGCCAAUACCAUCCCAUUUUACGACCGAGAUGACACGCCCCCGGUAUCGAACCUAGUCUCUCACUUAUGUGAUCUCUUUUUCACGCAUCUGGGCUGCAACUUUCCGUUCCUUCAGCGAGAGAGGUUUCUACAAGAUCUGAGGGAGAAAAGGCUCGAUACUAUGCUGGUGGACGCCGUUUGCGCAUUGGCUGCUAGAUUUUCACCUCACCCGCUACUUGGGCCUCCUCAGGCACCACCCAUUGAUCGUUCCCAGCCGCCCGCUGAUAUCAGAAUGUGGGACCGGGGACUACCUUUUGCACACCGGGCAAUGAGCGCACUGGUCGAUUCACUUUCCUGCCCAACUCUCUACGCUGUCCAGGCCUGUUUAUUACUAGCCUACGAGCAAUUUGGCUCCAAUCACGAUAGUGGCCUCUGGAUGUACCUGGGAAUCUCUAUCAGAAUGGCACAGGACCUUGGCUUGCAAAAACACCAAGGGUUGAAGCAUAAUUAUGGGCGGAAAGGCGUGACCCCGAGCGAGGUGAUGACUGGUCAGGCUGGCAAGCUACGAGAAGAUCAGUACGACGAUCUUGACGUCUACCAGAGUCCUAAGACGUUGCCACCUGCUUUUGGAAGUGAACGUGCACGAGAAAAGGAACAGGUCGAUUCCUUUUGGAGCAUCUUUUUCCUCGAUCGGGUCAUCUCUUCUGGAACUGGGCGACCAGUUACUCUGCGCGAUGAGGAUAUCGAGCUUUGUUUCCCCCUUCAGUCUGAAUCUCAAUUACCAAAUGGCUGGCCUGCACCAUUCCCGCCCCUUAUCCGGGUAAUUCAUCUCUACGGGAGAGUGACGGAUCUUAUCAACGGGAUACAAGAUGUCAACCAUGUCACAUCUGAUACUCUUAAAAGAUUGGCUGGCAUGGAAAGUGAUCUGACAGGCAUUUAUCAGCGGUUGUCACCAAAAUUGCAUUUCAACGCGGCAAAUUUCCAAGCAUAUGUCAAAGCUAAGGAGGGAACUAACUUCAUUUUGCUUCAUUUUUGGUUUCACACGUUGAUUGUGUUGCUUCAUCAGCCUACUCUUUUGAAUUCAUUUGGCGGAUCAAUACAGCAUCUUUAUCCCAACAGCCGCGAACUUUCAAUGUCCUCCGCAAAGACUAUCGCUGACAUUCUAUCAUUCUCAGAACUGGUAGAUGGUAAGAGUUUCAUCGGUAACCCAUUCACUAGCCAGCCCAUGUACAUCGCGGCUUGUGCCUUCCUAAUGGAAAGCGCGUACUAUACAUCACCUGCAUCGAGGGGAACAUCACCUCUCCCACAGCCAUUGUUGAACAACCAGUCUAGUGGUUUUGUGAUGCCGACAAUGGAGCCAUCUCAUGGAUCAGAGCGAAAUUCCACUGCGAAGCACAUUUUACUUGCAUCCGCCGCCAAGGAGAAUUAUCAGCGCUGCUACAAGGCGUUGAAGGCACUCAAUUCAUACUGGGAGGGUACUGGUUACAUCUUGACGGUACUAGAUCAGAAGGCCAAGGGUAUUGUGGAUCCUCUUCUUUACAAUACAGAGGACAUGGAGAACACCGCAGGUGAAACACCAUUUGGAGCUGUCAGCUGGCGCCCAGGUCAGCCGACGGAUGUUGCUCAAGUGUCCGAUAGACCCCCCGGUGUUGCUGAUAUCCCGUCUGAUGGAAGGUGGUCACCAAAGUUUGACCCCAGCCAAGCCAUCGGAUGGGCGCUCACUGGGGCCACCAAUUCUUCCCAACCGAACCUGAGUUUAUUAUAUCAGAUGCCCACAACAGAGGCCGAGACUCGCUCCGUGAGACCCGCCUAUUCAUCACAGUAUAGUCACAGUUUUCCACCAUUACCGGUUGUCACAAAUGCCGGGCCAAGCUCGACUUCCUCGUUUGCGCAUCCCCUUACCCCAUCUAUCUCUCACGGUGAAAGCCAGGCAUCCUCCCUCGCCACUGCAAACAGCAAAUACUCCCAGGUUCCUACACAUGCAAUUGGUACUGAAUCCCCAUAUUACAUGGGGAUAAAUUCCCCCUACCCUGAUUCAGGACCCACGGCAUCAGGGUCGAGCUUUAACGGCCUCCCAUCCAAUCAAAUGGAUGGCCAAGCCUCUGCAUACGUUUAUCCAGUGUCUUCUGGACCCGCGGAUCAACAUGGCAGUCACGCGCAUAUGACUUCUAGAAUUGACCUACACCACUCAAUGCACAACAAUGCGGGGAUGAUGAUAGGGAGCCACGAUGUCGAUAUGAACACCCUUCACCACCAGGAGUCGUUCCCCUUUACCAAUGGUGAAAUUGUCCCGUGGCUGGAGUAUCUCCCACAGGAUGUUCUCAGCUUCUUUGGUGACAACCAUAAUUACCCUCUCAUGAGCCCCGACGACACUACCCAGCCCCCACCAUAA